UGAUACAUUUGCAAGACCAAACCAACUUGUGCGCUGCUGCCUCGGUGCCGUAAUUUGAAUGAAGUUGUCCUACUCUGAUCUCCAAUUUCUCCGUUUCAAAAGGAUUCAAUGUUGCAUAGCCUACUUGUGGAAGACCCUUUACGAUUCCAACUGAUAUGGCAGGCACAGACAACGCAAAAGUCAAGGAGCUCGUUUUAAAGUGCAUGAAUGCACGGGAAAUGGCAUAUUGCCCUUACAGCCGGUUCCCGGUCGGUGCCGCCAUAUUGACAGCAGAUGGCGCUAUAAUUACGGGUUGCAAUGUGGAAAAUGCCUCUUUUGGGCUCACAGUGUGUGCUGAGCGAACAGCAAUACAGAGAGCCGUAGCAGAGGGACACAGGAAAUUCAGUGCUAUCGCUGUUACAUGUGACAUCAAAGAUAGUUUUGUUGGACCUUGUGGAGCUUGUCGGCAGGUGCUCAUUGAGUUUGGAACAGAUUGGGUUGUGUACUUGACUAAGCCAGAUGGCUCAUACAAAGAAACCAGCCUUAAAGAACUGCUCCCUCUAGCUUUCUCCCCAGCCCACCUCGGACAUUAACUGACACAGCCAAGGACAUAGCCAUAGUUAGCCUACAGUUACAGUAAUUCACACAGUAUAGAUAUUUGAUAUUACACAUUCAAAAUACUUCUUCUCGCCACAUUCCAUUUAGACGUAGUGGUACAGACAGGCAGAAUUUAUAUUUAGAGAUAUUAUAUACCAUUUUUUUUUUCAGAAGAGGAAAUACAACUAUGUUCAACUACCAUUAAAAUGACUGUUUGCAUGAAAUAAAACCAUAUGAUUUUAACGUU